AUGGGGCCUGCCCAGGACCUGCAGCAGACGCCAAGGCCACCGCCCAAACUUUUCGCCGGCCCCCUCCCCGGGGCGGGGCGGGAGGAACCGGGCGGGCCGGGAGCCGGGAGUCCGGGGCUGCGGCCGGGCGCGCGGGGCCGGCGGGCGGGGCGGGCCGCGUCGGCACCGCCCUCCAGGUGCCGGGCGGGGGCCGGAGGCGGGCGCGCGGCGGCGGCGGCCCGCGAGCGCCGGCCGGGCCAUGACCCCCGCUCCUCCCUCGCUCAGGCUCGUCGCCGCGGCCCCCGGAGCGCGGCCGCCGCCCCCGCUCCCAGCGCCCGGCCAGGCCCCGUGCGCCCCGGGCGCGGCGCGGCUGUGAGCCCACAGGAAGCGGCCUGCAGGGUUGCCGGUGCCGACAUGGGGCUGAAACUGUCCUGCCUGAAAGGCUUUAAAAUGUGCGUCAGCAGCGCCAGCAGCAGCCACGACCAGGCCCCUGUCCUGAGCGACAAGCACCUGGACGUACCCGACAUCAUCAUCACGCCCCCGACGCCCACGGGCAUGGGGCUGCCCAGGGACUCAAGGCAGACAGUCUGGCUGGACGAGACCGGCUCAGGCCCAGAGGACGGAGAGAUUGAGCCCGAAGCCUGAGGCAGCACCACGGCCGCUGACCCCUGCUGGACACGGGGAGGAGGCACCACACGCCUGAGGCCGCGGUGACAGCUGCCUCCGGCCGGGGAGAGGGCUCCCCGGGACAAACAGCAGGAG